AUGGUAAAUCGAGCACAUACACAAACGAAUCGAAGUAAUCUUGGUCGAGUAUUGUCCAUUGGGCGGAGCAGAACACGACAUGUUACUGUAAGAUCAUUUUCAGAAAUGCCAAAAGUUUUGAUUGGCAAUCAACCAGAUCAGCAAGAAUCGGCUGAGAAACGUCGUAGAAAAAAUAACAAUAAAAUGGCAGGAUGUUGUUGUGCUUGUCCACCUGUAUGUAUAUUUUUCUCGAUAGUUGGCUUUAUUCUUCUUGGCGGAAUUAUUGCUGCAAGUGUCAUAGCUUUAGUAUCACAAUCAACUAAGACAACAACAACAAGUACUAUUAUGCACAUAUUUACUUAG